AUGACCGAUAAUAGUGUUCUAAAUAAAUACGGCUUUUUUUGCAACUCUCUCCCACAGCUUACACAUCUGCAACUACACCAAGAGAAUGCUAGGAUCGAAAAAUGGGCCAAAAUGCUCAGAAACUGGCAGAGAUAUUCGACAUCAAAACAUAAAAAACUAAAAAGCAGGAUACGAAAAGGAAUUCCAAGCUGCUUUAGAGGCUAUGUAUGGUAUUUAAUAUCAGGCUCUGAAAGCUUUAAAAGCAAAUAUCCAGCAGACCAUUACCAGUCUUUAUUGCAAAACGAAUGUAGCAGAGUUGUAGUAAAUGCUAUUGCACUAGAUUUAUCACGGACAUACCCAAGUCAUAUUAAAUUCAAAGGAGAAGAAGGCAGGGAAUCUCUUAAUCGCCUCCUAAAAGCUUAUUCAGUUUUUGACCAGGAAGUUGGUUACACUCAAGGAAUGAGCUAUAUCGCUGCUCUAUUUUUGAUAUUUUUAUCAGAAGAAUCAAGUUUUUGGCUUUUUGCCACAGUUAUGAGAGAAUACCAUUUAAGGGAGUUCUUUAUCAGAAACAUGCCAGGGAUUCAUGAGUCUUUCUAUGUAAUGAACGGACUUGUGAGACAUAAUCUCCCUGCAAUUUGGAAACAUUUUAAAAAUAUUUCUGUUUCGCCUUCAAUGUAUGCGACACAUUGGUUUAUGACUGGAUUUAAUGUGAAUUUUUCAAUUGAAAUUUCAUUGAGGGUCUGAGAUUGCUUUUUGUUAGAAGGACAGAAAAUUUUUUUCAGAGCGGGAUUGGCGAUGUUGAAAAUCCAUUCAAAAGAAAUCUGUGAAAGCCAAUUUGAAGAAAUGAUGCUAAUGAACAAGACCUUAUUCUUUUAAUCAAAAAUUUUUUAGGGGCAAAAUUUGAUUUUUUUUAAUCCACAAUUUUUUGAAAAAAAAAUAUAAAGAGUUAGGAGAAAAAACAGAUGCAAACGAGCUGAUGAGGACCGCUUUUAGCUUUUAUUUAACGAGAAAACUAAUUGACAGACUUAAAACCGAUUAUUCCCACAACCCCAAAAGGAAGUAUUUAAACUGGGAGAGAAUCGAUCACUAG